AUGAACCACCAAUUGACACCCGGUGACCAGGUGGAAGAGCAGGCGACCGUGGCCGAGACCCUGGAGGUCCUUCGACAAAACGCGGCAUGCUUGCCAAUCGCCGCGGUGUUUUGCGGCUUCGAAACGGGAGUGAUGCUGACCGAUGUUUUGGCACAGCAUCUGCAGCUGCGGGGCAACCGGCCUAUGGCCAGAGGUGACAAGCAGGUGCAGCAGGAUGCUGUGAAAGCCGCCAACCUGAGAUCCACCCGAUCAGUGAAGGGUACAGAUUGGAACUCUGUCAAGGCCUUUGCUGAGACAGAAGGCUUCCCAAUCAUCAUCAAGCCGGCAGAAUCCGACGGGUCGUAUGGCGUCAAGCUCUGUCACAAUGCUUGUGAAGCAGAAACUCAUUUUCGCCAGCUGAGCUGGCAGCUGCAGGGCCGCAGAAAUAGGGGGGUGCUACUGCAAGAGUAUUUGAAGGGAGUACAGUACGUGGUGGAUCACGUGUCGCGAGAUGGCGUUCACAAGACUACUAUGGUUUGGGACUGUGACCGUGGGCCUCUCAAUGGUGGCUACGUUUGCUUUCAGCAACAGUGCGUUGCUGCUGACACUGCGGUGGCACGGCAACUUAUCGCCUAUACGCGUGCAUGUCUAGAUGCACCUUCAAUCACUGAGGGCGCAACCCACGCGGAGGUGAUGAUGACAGAGACGGGGCCUUGCCUCGUGGAAGUCAACGUCCGCUGCCACGGCGCUCGCGGUGUUUGGAUGCCGGUGGCUCGUGCAUUUGCCGGCUACACGCAGGUCGAUGCUUAUGUGGACGCACUGGGCGAUGAAGCGGCGCCAUUCGAGCAACUGCCCGAUGUGCCACCGUCAGGGAGCAAAGGCUCAGGACUGUUGUUGCCCCUGCUCGCUUACCACGAUGGCCACGUCGGGUCCACACACUUCGAGAAAGUUCGAGAACUCCAAUCCGUUUUGUUGGUCAAAGAAUGUGUGCACCCUGGCACGCGCGUGGAGAAAACAAGAGACGAUCUUGGCGUUGUGGGUAUGUGUGCUUUGUGGCAUCGGGAUCCAGCAGUCUUGGCCAGCGAUGUUGAAGCCAUCCGUGAGAUGGAUCAGAAGGGAUCCAUUUUAGUCCUGCACAAUGAAGCUAGGUAAGAUUUUAGAACCCAUCAACCAGCCAUGACAAUGGCAUUUAUUGCUGCCCUUAUUAUGCAAGAUUGUGGGCUGACAGCUUGCCCACUUUUCUCCAGUGUCAAGAUUUUUGGUUUCACGCAGGUCAUCGAAUGUCCCAUUUUGGAGAUAUCGGGC